GGAUCCAAUUUGUUGUUUUAUAAAGAGCUUCUUUUUCAUUGAGAAAAAAUACAGAGACACAAGUCAUGGAGAAGAUGAGAAUUGUAAUGUUGCCAUACUUAGCUUAUGGCCACAUCACACCUUUUCUUGAACUAGCCAAGAAACUCUCAAACAGAGGUUUCUCCAUUCACAUAUGUUCUUCUCCCAUCAAUCUUAGCUUCAUCAAGGCAAAAAUCCCAGAAAAGUACUCUUCCUCAAUUCAUUUAGUUGAAAUUCACUUACCAAAUUUACCAGAACUUCCUCCUCAUCACCACACUACCAAUGGCCUUCCAAAUCAUCUUAAACAAACUCUUUUUAAAACACUUAAGAUGACCAAACCACAGCUUCACCAAAUCUUGAGUGAUUUAAAACCUGAUUUUUUUAUUUAUGAUAUCAUGUUACUAUGGUCAGCUGUAGUUGCAUCUUCACUCAACAUCCCAUCAUUAAGAUUCUACACUGUAAACGCAGCCAUUUUUAGUUAUUUUUUCCAUUUUUAUUUCAAUCCAGGAGAGGAAUUCCCUUUCCCAGCUCUCUAUAUGAGGGAUUAUGAGCUAGCGAAGAUGACACAUGAAGUUGCUGAUGAUGCGGAGGUUGAAGUUGACAGAGACAAAGUUACUGAAUCAGAUAAAUUUGUGCUUGUUCAUAGCACUAAAUCAAUAGAUGGGAAGUACAUGGAUUAUCUUUGCGGAACAGGGCAAGCAAAAGUUGUACCAAUUGGAACAGAAUCUCCUGAAGAUGGUGUUGGUGAUGUUGACAAGAUUGAUAUCGAACUUGUCAAAUGGCUUGAGAAGAAAACAGAGCAUUCAACUGUUUACGUUUCAUUUGGGAGUGAGUAUUUCUUAAGCAAAGAAGAAAUGGAAGAGGUAGCUUAUGGAUUAGAGGUUAGCGGUGUAGAUUUCAUAUGGGUUGUUAGGUAUCAAAAAGGGGAACAAGUAGAACUUCCACAAGGUUUUAAAGAAAGAAUUGGAGAUAGAGGAAGGAUCAUUGAAGGAUGGGCUCCGCAACAAAGAAUUCUAAAGCAUUCAAGUAUUGGUGGAUUUGUAACGCAUUGUGGUUGGAAUUCGACAUUAGAGAGCAUAGAAUUUGGUGUUCCAAUCAUAGCUAUGCCUAUGCUUUAUGAUCAGCCUUUGAAUGCUAGAUUGAUGGUCGAAAAUGGAGUAGCUGUUGAGGUCCCAAGAGAUGAAAAAGGGAAUCUUGAUAGAGUUAACAUAGCUGAGAAAAUUAAACAUGUGAUUCGUGACGAAACAGGGGAGAAUUUGAGGAAGAAGAUGAAUAAUCUUGGUGAGAAUGUGAGAUCUCAAAGAGAAGAGGAGAUGGAUGGAGUUGUUAAGGUUAUACAACUCUUGAUUGAUGAGAAGAAGGGGACCUUAUCAUCGGAGAAAUCAUAACAAUAACAUAUUCAGUAUAAUCGAGAGUAAUAAAUUUUUUCACUAUUUUCCAAUUUUAUUUUAGUUGUUUUGUACUACUUCAAUAAAGGUACAAAUGGAUUUUAUUUUUGAUGUUUUGUACUACAUCAAUAAAAGCCACUUUUCAUUUGCUUCC